AUGGCGGGACAGAAACUACCUGUAAUGAUCAGUCACCUUCAGCUUCAAGGAGUCGCUCUGAUCAGUUUGUCUUUUGGGGGAGCAAUUGGGCUCAUGUUUUUGAUGCUGGGAUGUGCCCUUCCAUUAUACAACCAAUACUGGCCCCUGUUUGUUCUGUUUUUUUAUAUCCUCUCUCCCAUUCCAUACUGCAUUGCAAGAAGAUUAGUGGAUGACACAGAUGCUAUGAGCAAUGCUUGUAAGGAACUUGCCAUAUUUCUCACAACUGGUAUCGUUGUCUCUGCUUUUGGACUUCCUAUAGUAUUUGCCAGGGCACAUCUGAUUGAGUGGGGAGCUUGUGCCCUGGUUCUCACAGGCAACACCGUCAUCUUUGCAACAAUCCUAGGGUUUUUCUUGGUCUUUGGCAGCAACGAUGACUUCAGCUGGCAGCAGUGGUAAAAAGGAACUCAGUUACCAAACUCUCCUAACCUGGACCUCUUGUCAUUCAGUGGCCAUCCAUGCCAAUUAGAGGCUGGACCAGAAGAGGAAGUGGUCAAGCAGGCCCCUGGGCGGCUGGUCUUCUGGGGAUAGACUCUCUUCUCAUCACUGCCGAGUGGGAGAGCAUUUCCACAGGGACUUGCUAAAGGGUUCACAAACUUUUAUUUUUUCAAAGCUAGGGUUGACUCCUUGCUUGUCUGCUGAAUUGGGAUGUCUUAAAUGUCGUCCCUGCUCAGUGUUUGCUCCUUAGGCCAUGCCCCUCUUUUAAUGGAAUAAGUACCACUUGAGAAAGCCAAGUUUAGCACUGUACUCAAACAGGCCAAAGUCCUGGGCUCAAGGUCCAGUUUAUCCUCCAGAAAUCAUCUCUGAUUCCCACUAUGACUCCUGCGUUUGUUCAGAUAGGAUGUGUUUUUUCCGAUAGGAUGACAUUUCCCAUUUCCAGAUCGGCAUGUCAUGGAAGAAUCUGCAGCUAGCCAUACCUCGACAGGAUUCCUAAGUCCUAGUGCCCAGUCCCAGGGUGGAGAUUUUACCCAUGGGCAGGUGUUUUAAGUCAUGAAAAAUUAUUUUUGGAGUUAUUCGAAGGAGUGUUUGUUUCUCCUCUUGAUUGUUUCAUUGUUGAACUUCUGAUCUGGGGUUGGACGAAGAUCUUUUAUGCCUGGUUUUUAUUUGUGUUUCUUGUGGUUAUAAAUCGAUUGAUUGAGCUACAUUGUGGGGAGCAACUGAUGUUGCAAUUCCAUUUUUAAAGGCCUGUUUCUAUUUAUACGUAAGAGUUUUGAUAUUGCCAGCUGCCUUUCAUGUUUUACUCCAGGUAAGAUGGACAUACAUGGCACUACUGAUGAAAGUUUUAUGUUUGCAGCAUUUAGAAAGCCCUCCCGCCCCUGUGUCCCUUUUAAAGUUUAUUUUAUACAUAGUAUAUCUUCACUAAAAUAACUUUUCAAAUGUAGUUUAAUAAUACUAGACCACCACCAAGAUUGCUAUCCUGUGCAGUCAAAGCAUUACAUUUUUACUCUUUGCAAGUCCUGAAAUGAUUUCUUAAGUGAUUUGUCAGUCUUGCAACUCUUGCGUUGAUAAUUUUAUUGUUUAGUUGAUGACAGUUAGAGUUAGUGUUCUGUAAGGUUAGGCCACAUGUAACUUAAUAUUUAAGACAAGUUUCCCGCAUACCUCUCAGAGGUCUGAUUGCCAUCCUGUCAGACAUGGGAUUUCCUUAGGCAUUCAUUUCGAUGUGUAUUCAAUUCAUGUAAAGUCAAUUGGCUGGCUGAAUGGCAGUUUUAGACACAAAUUUGACCCACAAAAUGCUUAGCUGCAUCUCUCUUUACUGAGCGUGAUCAGACUGUGUGUGAGUGUGAGUGUGAGAGUG